AUGCCUCUUUCAUCACUUCUCCGCAUCACUCCCCGCUUUGCCCCGACCGUCACUCGCCGAGCUACGAGAGCUGCAUCGUCGGUGGUGGGGAGAACCCCGACAACCAAAUCUUUAGAUUCAAUCCUCAUUGCUAACAGAGGAGAGAUUGCAUUACGCGUUGGACAGACUGCGGCGAAGCAUGGGAUCCGCGUCACCACCCUCUACACUGAUCCUGAUAGUAAAUCCCAGCAUGCUUUGAGCUCGCCACAUGCAUUCAAUUUGGGGUCGGUGUCGGCAUAUUUGGACGGGGAUCGGAUUAUUGAGAUUGCUAAGCAGGAAGGAUGUCGAGGAAUUCACCCUGGUUACGGAUUUUUGAGCGAGAAUUCUGCCUUUGCUCGGAAAUGUACAGAAGCCGGACUCGUCUUCAUUGGCCCGCCGUGGAAGGCAAUUGAAGAUAUGGGCGAUAAAAGUCGCUCCAAAGAGAUAAUGCUUGCGGCAGGCGUGCCCUGUGUCCCCGGUUACCACGGUCAUAACCAAGAUCCCGCAUUUCUAGAAGCCGAAGCCGACAAAAUCACAUAUCCCGUGCUGAUCAAAGCCAUCAAAGGAGGCGGUGGUAAGGGAAUGCGCAUCGCUAGCUCCAAAGCCGAAUUCCAGGCCCAGCUGGAAUCGGCAAAGUCAGAAGCUAGGAAUUCGUUUGGAGAUGAUCAUGUGCUGGUUGAGAAAUACAUCACAACUCCUCGUCACAUCGAGGUCCAGGUUUUUGCGGACAAGCAUGGAAACUCCGUCGCUUUAGGAGAGCGAGACUGUAGCAUCCAACGGAGACAUCAGAAGAUUCUCGAGGAGUCGCCAGCGCCGCAUCUUCCAGAUGUAACCCGAAAGGAUCUCUGGGCCAAAGCUCGAGCUGCCGCCCUAGCGGUAGGAUAUGAAGGUGCAGGAACAGUGGAGUUUAUUUUUGAUAACGACUCAGGAGAGUUUUACUUUAUGGAAAUGAACACGCGCCUCCAAGUCGAGCACCCCGUCACAGAGAUGGUCACAGGCCAGGACUUAGUCCACUGGCAGAUCCUGGUGGCCGAAGGGGCUUCUCUGCCUUUGACGCAGGAGCAAGUGGAGGAGAAGAUCUCCCAGAGUGGACAUGGUAUCGAAGCCCGAAUAUACGCUGAAAACCCCGACCAAGGGUUUAUUCCUGACUCUGGCCGUCUCAUCCACGUCCGCACCCCCGCAACUACAGACGACAUUCGCAUCGACGCCGGAUUCGUAGAGGGAGACGACGUCUCAGCUCACUACGAUCCAAUGAUCGCCAAGCUGAUUGUCAGGGGAGAAACGCGUGAAGAGGCGAUCCGGAAACUCGGGGCCGCCUUGGAGCAGUACGAGGUGGCUGGCCCCGUGACUAAUAUCGAAUUCCUCAAGACCAUCUGCCGCAGCCCGGAUUUCAUUGCGGGCGCGGUAGAGACUGGCUAUAUUGACAAACACCGCGACGAGCUUUUUGCACCUAAGAUCAUUGAUGAUGAGGUGCUCGCUCAGGUCGCGCUAGCAUGUCUGCACCAAGACUCUCACACCGCGCCUCCAUCUCAAGGGCUCGCUGGUGCGGUUGGGUUCACUCCCAGCUACCAGCAGCGGCUGCUGUCAUUUACCGAGUCAGCGGGUCCUCAUCACGACGGACCUACAUACAGCGUGCGUGUUCAGCAGACAGCAAGCCAGACUUUCAACGUUAAGAUUGGAGACCGAGUUUUUGAGCAAGUUUCGAGCCGCAUGGACCCAGCUUCCAACGUUGUAACCUCUUUUUUCCCCCACACACGCCUAGAUACGACCGUUGUCCGAGAGGAAGACACCAUCAUUGCCUUCCAGCGCGGUAUCCAAUACCGACUCACCGUCCCGCGGGCCAAAUGGAUGGAGAAAGCACUGGGUAUGAAAGAUGUCGCCAAUAGCGUCCUAGCCCCAAUGCCCUGCAAGGUUCUGCGGGUAGAAGUGCAGGCCGGACAAGCGGUGGAAAAGGACCAGCCGCUGGUUGUGAUUGAGAGCAUGAAGAUGGAGACGGUAAUUCGGAGUCCGCAGCGGGGAACCAUUGCGCGCGUCGUCCAUCAACAAGGAGAUCAAUGCAAAAGCGGAACACCUCUGGUGGAAUUCGAGGAAGCAGAGUAG